UGCCGUUGCCACCAGAGGUAUCAGUCUUCAGCCGACCGCCGAGCUACGAUGAGAUCUCGCCUCGGUCCCGGCUCGCCUUCCUGUUCGUCCCGCGGAACGAUCGAGGCUUCAGCCACUUCGCUGUUAACGCGACUCGUCCGUCCGAGAACUCUCGUUUUUCUAUCCCUACUCGUCAUUGGCGGCUAUAUUUUUACAGUCAGUAGUCAUAACAGCAGCCGGACUAUCGACGACCAUCAUAUUAAUCAACUUGAAGAAAUUGUUGAGACUAAACCAUCGCCUCCGGAUAAGGUCAUCUUGUUCUGGACGCCUUAUUACAAUGACUCGGACUACACCGUGGGAUUCGGUCGCGAUCCUUUCGUGAAAAACGGCUGCCAGUUCACCAAUUGCAUCACGACGGCCGAUCGUAAUUUACUGGACAAGAGCGACGCCGUCAUCUUUCACGCCUUCCAGGUCAACAGUCGAGAUCUUCCGGCCCAGCGGCAUCCACGCCAGCGUUUCGUUUUCUUCCUGUACGAGACGAUUCCCAACACGUCCAUCCCCUGCGUCGGAAAAUGCCUUCCGGAGAGGCAAUACCUUCCGCACUAUUUCAACUGGACCAUGACGCACCGGAGGGACUCGGAUGUUUACGUGGCCGAGCAAUACGGCGCCAUCACUCCCAAACUUUCGACAUUUCCCGCCCAGCUGCCGGAUGAAUUGCCGCCGGGCAUUCUUCCGGCCAAUCCGGCGGAAUUGCUCAACCGGAAUUAUCCGCAAUUGGCCAACAAAACCAAAAUGGUGGCCUGGUUCGCCUCCCACUGCCCGACUCACAGCCAGCGCGAGGAUUACGUCCAGGAAAUGGCCAAAUUCGUCCAGGUGGACAUUUACGGCAAAUGCGGAACGAUGGAGUGCCUUCCGCGCAACAGCUACCGCUGCGAGAAUCUGCUGGACAAUUACAAAUUCUACCUGGCGGCCGAGAAUUCCCUGUGUCCGGACUACGUCUCGGAAAAAUUCUACCGGGCCUUGAAUCAGAACAUCGUCCCCAUCGUCUACGGCGGUGCGGAUUACGCGGAAUACGCUCCGCCCCACUCGUUCAUCAACAUCGCCGAUUUCAAAUCGCCGCAGGACUUGGCCGCCUACCUGAAACUGCUCGACAGCCAUGACGCCCUCUACCUGGAAUACUUCCGCUGGAAGAAACACUACGAGGUCGUCCGGAAGCCCAAGAAGGGCUGGUGCGAUUUGUGCGCCAAACUCAACGAUCCGCAAUUGGAAACGGUCACGAAAAGCUACGCCGACGUGGCCCAUUGGUGGAUCCGCAAGUUGCCCUGUUAUCCAGGGUCAUCUUUCCUGAUGAGCCACACCUAACUGAGAUGCCAUCAUCAGCUGGGGUUGCAAAAUAAAACUGGUUUUUAUAAAAAUAGAUCCGCCGUGAUAAAAUUCGUUUUUGUCUGUUUGGAGAAUUUCGCAAUUUUUCUUUUUUUUGUUUUUUUUGCUUUACCUUUUCGGGAGUCACGAACGAACCAUCGGUCAUUUUUUUUUAUGUUGGAACCAACAGACAGCUCAUCUACAUGCAGGUUUUUUAACGCGUUAAUUUAUUUUUAGAUUUGUUGUGUGUACCUUUGGUGUAAAGGUCAAAAUAAAAAAGUGAAAACGUUUAUGGUU